AUGGGUGAAACUAAUGUAGAAGCACUACUACAACAGAAUAAUAGUCUGUUCAGGAAACAGUGCAUCGGUUCAGUGGAUGAACAUGACGAAACCUACCUGCAGGACCGUUCCGAUGUAACAAAGCAUGGUGAUAGCUCUAAUUCACGAUCUAGAAAGAGUAGUCCCCGCGCGAGUUCAAGGAAAAAGUCGAAAAGUACGAUGGAUCGUGGUAACGUGGACAAAUCCAACGAGUCUUUAAACUUGAAUAAUUUUGAUGAGCAUCAAUGCAAGGUAAAGUUUGGAGGAUCAUCGAUUUUUGGCAGCACGGAGAGUCUAUUUGAAGAACGAAGUGAUCAUGGUAACGACGUUGAUCAGGGCUUUAGCUCGUCCAUGCUCUUUGACAGCAUGGAUAGUAUAUUCGAGAACGGAGCCGAUGACAUUUUUAAUAAUAAGGACAAAGUGCAUAAACAUGCAAAUGCUGACAGUAUGGACAGUAUAUUCCCAGAAGGAGCCAAUGGCGACGAUUCUGACAGAAGCCAGGAAAUUACAGAACCCAUGACCUUUGACAGCAGUGACAGUUUGUUCGAAAAACGAGAUGAUGUUGAUCUCGAAGAAAAGAACAGAAUGGCUGAAUCAUCCGGAUAUCAUAAUAAGGAUAAAAAAUACUCUACCAGAGAAGGAUUGGAUGCAGAUGAUGAAGUUGACAAUUACAUUGAUAAAUUACGACAACCAAAUGAAUUGUCCGGCACACAUAGUGGAGAUUUUUUUGAGAACACGUCUUUGGGCAAAAUGCUCAGAAAAUUAGAUCUCAACGUUGGAUGA